GCAUCGCUCUUUCCUUUCCGACUCUUUCUCCCUCCGCCCGGUGCUUUCUGAUACGCGGCCCACGUGCGGACUUCAUUCGGUUUUCACCCUAAAGUUUGCUGUCAAAGUUUGGACCAAAUGUCGUCUUCUUUCGAUCAGAUGAGGGCGAACGUGGGGAAGCUCCUACGAGGUAUCGAUAGGUACAACCCAGAAAACCUUCCUACGCUGGAGCGCUAUGUGGAGACACAAGCUAAAGAGAACGCCUACGACCUGGAGGCCAACCUGGCUGUCCUCAAGCUGUACCAGUUCAACCCAGCCUACUUCCAGGUUACGGUAACCUCUCAGAUUUUGCUCAAGGCUCUGACCAACCUGCCACACACCGACUUCACUCUCUGCAAGUGUAUGAUCGACCAAACACACGUAUCCUUUUGGUGCCGUUUCUUUAUCUGAUGCUGUCUGACUAGG